UAUAUUUUCUUUCAAAAACCCUGAAUUUCACGUUCUGCCAUGGCGACGACAUCAAUCAACAAGUUCAUUCAUCACGGCCACGCAGACACCACCCACACCGCCUACCAAGUCACAUUCUUCGAACACACAAUUUCCACUCUCGUAACCCACACCCCCUCCCACGUCGACAUCUGGAUCACCCAAACCGAACCCCUUCUCCGUCACACCCCCAUCAUCGGUCUCGACAUCGAAUGGCGUCCCGAUUUCCAAAACCCCACAUCCCGAAACCCCGUCGCCACUCUCCAGCUCUGUGUCGGACGCAGAUGUCUUGUUUACCAAAUGACCCAUUCACCUUUCAUCCCGAAUUCUCUCAAAAUCUUGUUAAAGAACCCGAAUUAUACGUUUACUGGUGUCGGGGUUCAGUACGAUGUGCAGAAACUUAACGAGGAUUACGGCAUUGUGGUUGCGAAGAUUGCGGAUGUUAGGGAAUUGGCGGCUCAGGUGUAUGGAAAUGUGGAGUUUAAGAAUGCUGGGAUUAAGACAUUGGGGAUGUUGGUUCUUCGUAGGGAGGUCGAGAAGCCGAAAAGCGUUACGUUGAGUCGAUGGGAUGAUUUGGUUUUGAGUGCUGAGCAGGUGAAGUAUGCGUGUAUUGAUGCGUUUUUGAGCUUUGAGAUUGGAAGGGUUUUGAUUUCUCACAAGGAUUGAUCGUAUUCGUAUAUGGUAUCGUGUUUUUAGCUUGAUGUUUUUAGUACUUGUGUUUUGAUUUAAAUGUUUAGGUUAUGUUUUGUCUUGUUGGUUGGUGAUUGUUUAAUGAUUAUAAGGAUUUAUGCUUGAUUAAAUCGGUGAAUUCUGCAGCAUUUGUUAUGAGUUAAUCGCAAUUACUAUAUGUUUUUUUAA